CUCUCCCUGCAGAUGGGAAAUGCCUCUGAAGUCACCUUUGUGUCCACGAUAUCCAAAGAGUAUGAUUUUCUCCUGGGGACUGCCUACACCAUCUUCGGUGUGUUCUCUCUGAUGGGGAACACCAUCUUGCUGCUCGUGGCGUAUCGUAAGAAGUCCUCCUUGAAGCCGGCUGAGUUUUUCAUCGUAAAUCUGUCCAUCAGUGACCUGGGCAUGACCAUCUCCCUCUUUCCUUUGGCCAUCCCCUCUGCUUUUGCUCACAGGUGGCUCUUCACUGAAACAAUUUGUUUAUACUAUGCAUUCUGUGGAGUUCUCUUUGGCCUGUGCAGUCUGAGUACUUUGACCGUUCUCUCGUCUGUCUGCUGGUUUAAAGUCUGCUGCCCCAACUACGGUAACAAGUUCUCCUCGUCCCAUGCCCUGCUGUUGGUGGUGGGGGUCUGGUGUUAUUCUGGCAUUUUUGCGGUGGGCCCUCUGUCCGGCUGGGGUCAGUACGGCUCUGAGCCAUACGGGACGGCCUGCUGUAUCGACUGGUAUGCCCCCUACCACAGCCCGCCUGCCAUGUCCUACAUCAUCUGCCUCUUCUUCUUCUGCUACAUUGUGCCCUGCACCAUCAUCUUCCUCUCCUAUGCCUUUAUCCUCAUGACAGUGCGGGGGUCCCAGCAGGCUGUGCAACAGCACGUCUCCCCGCAGAACAAAAUUGUCAACGCUCAAACCCUCAUUGCGAAGCUCUCCGUGGCAGUGUGCAUAGGCUUCCUGGUGGCAUGGAGUCCGUACGCUGCCGUGUCCAUGUGGGCAGCCUUCGUAAAUCCAAACAUGGUCCCUCCUGUAGCGUUUGCCAUUGCAGCCAUAUUCGCUAAGUCCUCCACCCUUUACAACCCCAUGGUCUACCUGGGCUUCAAGCCCAACUUCCGCAAGUCCCUCUGCAGGGACAUCGCCAAGUGCAAGCGGACUUUGUGCCCGUGCUUGUGCCGGUCGGAGGUGGCGCAGAAGAGCAUGUGCCAUUCUUUGCAGCACAGCAAAGAGGAGUGCCACUCCACCCGGCUCUCCAAUGGACUUUAUGAAAGCCACCGGACCUGCAGGCACUGUCCAGACGGUAGCAAAGGUCAAUGCAUGGACGCUACUCCGCAAAGAACAGUGCUGAUCCUUACCGGAUCCACUCAUAGUGAGGUGGUGGUCAGCCAGCUGUCCAAUGAGAUGCAGAGUGACUUUCUUUAGAGCGAGGACAAACUGGAGAGACAGUUUUGAGAGUUUGAACAAAACAAAAAAAAGAAACAGGUGGGAUUUGUACAGAAAUGAAAGGAGAGAUGACAGGAGGGGGUUAUUUUUUGGAUUCUGUAUAGAGAGCCAUCCCACCUACUUGCAGGAAGAAAUAUGCCUCAAAUAUUUUGAUACUGCCAGAUAUAUCAGUAUAAAGCAAACCAGUGAACAAACACAGGCAUAGAGCUUUUGGCCUGUUAUCUUGUGAGCGACUGCGUAAAUGUUUUGGAAUUUUGAUGGCAUUGGUUUGCUUGGAUCGAACA